UCUACAGUGGGGACUCAAAGUCUGCGACGGCUCCCACUGUUUCCACAGAAAAGGGGGCGGGGACGACCGUCUUCAACAUUUGUUGGCCCCGCCUCUCCCCGCCACUAGGAGACAUCACGAGAGUCUCCCAAGUUCGGAACGACGAGGAAGUUUGGACCUUCUCGGCGCCACUCCUUUCAAUAUGGCUGCCCCCAGGGAAAGGCGAGGGCUAAUGGGAAAGAACAGAUCCUAAAUCCCUCAUCGCAUGGAUCGUAGCGCGGAGUUCAGGAGAUGGAAAGCGCAGUGCCUGAGCAAAGCGGACCUCAGCCGGAAGGGCAGUGUGGACGAGGAUGUGGUUGAGCUUGUGCAGCUCCUGAAUGAACGAGAACAGUUUUUCACCACGAGUUCCUGCGCUGGCCGCAUCAUCCUCCUAGAUGGGAGUAUCAAUGGUUUCGAGGUUCAGAAAAAAGACUGUUGCUGGCUACUGGUUACACACAGACCUUGUAUAAAAGAUGAUAUGGUUGCAGCUCUGAAGAAAGCAAACGGUGAUGCCAUUUUGAAAUUUGAACCACUUGUUCUUCAUGUGCAGUGUCGACAGUUGCAGGAUGCACAGAUUCUGCAUUCAGUGGCAAUAGAUUCUGGCUUCAGGAACUCAGGCAUCACAGUGGGGAAGAGAGGAAAGAUUAUGUUGGCUGUCCGGAGCACGCAUGGCUUAGAAGUUCCAUUAAGCCAGGAGGGAAAACUGAUGGUAACCGAGGAAUAUAUUGACUUCCUGUUAAAGAUAGCAAAUCAAAAAAUGGAGGAAAACAAGAAGAGGAUUGAAAGGUUUUACAACUGCCUACAACAUGCUUUGGAAAGAGCAACUGUUACUGACUCACAUUCCAAAGAGAAAAUCAAUGAGAAAAAUAACCCAUAUUCUCAUAAGAAAAAAAGAAACCGAGCAAAAGCACGUGGCAAAUGUGUUACUGAAGAAAAUGAUAAAGAACUUGAAAAUGAUGAUGACCUAGGAAUCAGUGUUACCAUCUUCCCUGAAGAUUACUAAGAUUUGGUUCUGAAGCGUCGUGGUAGAAUAAUGUUUCUAAUAAUUAUAAAGCUGCUCUUUAUAAGAGUGUUUUAGAUUAUUGAGUGUAUCAGACAUUCAGAAAAGCAAGAUUUAAUUUUUCUGUUUUAGAGAAACCCAUCUUAUAAACAGGUGCCUUUUAAAAAUAGCCGUGUAUAAUGUUUGCUCAUUAAAUACCAUAUUUUAGUCACAGAUUCAUUAUAAAAAUCGAAUUAUGAUUUUUAAUGCCUCCCGGGUUUUUUUUAUUUUAAUUUGUACUUCUGCAAAACAGGGGAACUAGAAUACCCUUCCAACAGAACCUUAUCAUUAGGAAUAUUUGAAUAAAUAUCAUAGUGACAUUUCACUUAUUUAAUGUCCGGCUUUAAAAGCAGGUCAGAGUUUGCUUCUCGUUGCCAUGGAAUCCAAUGGCAAGUUUUUUCCUCUCUUUUGACCUUGUAGAUAAAACAACUAAUGUGCUUUCAUUCAGGACAAAACUUCUGAACUGUCUUUCCCUUUUAUUUCUCACAAACCAGAGCUUGCCAUUGGCAUAGUCUCUGUCAAACAACGGGCAUAGCUUUUCACUAAGCCUGAUCAGAAGUGAUAAGACUCAGGAAUCGUAAUGGAACAAAUGUGCUUGGAAAAUUGCAAGGAAUUGGAAGAUCUGGGUUUGAGUUCUGACCACUACACAGAAGUCGGAGGUCCUUGAGCAAAUCACUUAAUUUCCAAGGUCUUCCGUUUCCUCUUCUGCCUAACAGUUCUUCUAAAACCUGCUGUAUUUACACCGUAGGACUGUUGACAGGAUGAAGGUAAAUCAAAACAUGAAAACAGUAUAAAAUAGACCAUUUUGCAUAUAUGUUAGUAUUUACCAUUUUCCUUUUAAAAUGAUGUUUUCAUGCUGUAUUUUCAGAAUAUAUCAAAUCAGAAAUUAGAUUUUUAAAGGGAAAUUACUAGUCAAGAACUAAUAAAUUAUAAGAAAAUACCAGAAUGUCAAAUAAGAAACAUUACAUAAAGUAGUAUAAACACUGAGUUGUGAUUUUGGCAUUUCCUAACAUUUUUAUAACUUGCUUAAGUCUAUAUAAAUUAGAUUUGCACCUUCGUGCUUGCCUUCUGACAUCAUUGUAUACUCCCACUUUUAAAAUAGACUGACUUCAUAGAUAUCUAUUGUCCUGUAAAUAAAAUCAUAAGAGAUACUGUUCAGACAGCUCUAAAGUUA